AUGUCAGUUGUGCUAGAAAAUUAUGGAAAGAAACAACGCUCCCAGGGCAGCGCUGCCGAAAUUGUCCGUGCAGCUGCCGAGAGUAAGAGGAACAUGGCAGCCAAGGAAGAAAGAGUGGAGAAGGAACCGGAAAAACCGGCUUGGCUGGUCGAGGCGGAGGCACGGAGGAAACUUCACGAACAGCGGAGACACAAUAAAACCAAACAACAAGGAGAGAACGACAGAGAACAGGAUAAACCGGUACAGAACGGCCCUGUUCUUCGUUCUUUGCCUCAUAAACCUGAACCAGUCAUUGAUAAAUCAGAUAGCAAUGCAGGGGUGAACAUACUUCACAAUGUUAUGCUUCGUCCUGUGCGAAAGCUGGAAGCAGUCGCGACUAAAUCAGAUGAAGACAACGAUGCUGAUAAAUCGUUAAACUUUUGUCUACGUCCUGUGUCUAAACCGGAUCCAGUAGACAGCCCAGUCGAGGAAAAGAGUGAUAGUAGUAGACAUCACAACGUGUUUUUACGUCCUAUACCCAAGCCGGAGCCAGUUGUCAAUGAUAACACUGAGGACUUGUCAGGGAAGUUUCAACCGGUACGUUUGAAACCCAUUGCUAAACCCUACGAUCCAAGACCGUCGGGUUCUUCGAUCUCCGAUAACGAAACAAUGCCGAUGGCAACACGAAUAUCUUCCGAAGUGAUGACUUCUAGCUCUCAACCGAUGAGACCGGUCACGCAAUCAUUUUCGGAAAACGGUGACGUGUUAGAUCAAAGCUCGCGGUCAGCGGGAGCAGCUAAAAAUUCUCGCGAGCAUCACUUCGUCCGUUCUCUUGUACCAAUAACUUCGGAGAAACCGACGAUUUCACGAUCGGAGCCGAGGGUUUCCGAAGGUUCUUCGUCGCGUCUGAAUGGCUCGCGAGUCACAGUUUCGUCGAAUUACGUGAGUGCGCCUCACAAAAUCACCCCGAAAACAAGACCCAAACCGACCAACAGGUCGAAAACAGUGACUGUUACGGCUUCUGAAGUGCCGGACCUGUCAAAAGCUAGGCGAACAAGUGUGGAGUUGAUACAUGCUAAAGUUGAGAGGAAAUUUCCCCAGCCUGUUUCGUCGACCGUACCGUCCAGUCACGUGACGUCGCCUAGGGACCAGAGGGAACCCCGGAGAGGCGGUGAUACGCGAGAAAGAGCGGAGACAUUUGACUCGUCUUACAGACCGAGUUACAGUGGAGAUGUCUUACCUCAGUGGAAGAUUGAUCUCAUUGAAAAGAAGAGGAAUGUUGGAUCUUCACGUAGAGAAAUAAUCAGAGAUCAGACGCAACAGACCCAUACUUCAAACGUGACUGCCGUUCCAGCCUGGAAGAGGGAACUGGCAGAGAAACGAAAACAGCGAGUUGCAGUGAAUGGCGUACAAACGUCCCGCAAAGAAAACGAACCCAAGACAUCUCCUGAGGUGCCUCGGUGGAAAAAAGAAUUCGCUGAGAGGAGAAAACGCAGAGAAAUGUCGCCAAGUCAAGUGCAACCUGAUAAACGCGAGCGGUCUCCGGAAACUCCCGAGUGGCAGCGGAGAUUAGCGAACACGCGACGAACUCAACCGAUCGUGGUACAGAGAGGGCCGGUGGAAGAUUCCACAGACCAGGUCCCGAGUUUUAUGAAGGAGUUUGAGAGGAAAAAGAGAACCUUGCCUCGCGGGGGAAGCUACGUAUGACCAAAAGAAAACAGCCCAAAUGUUGUUUAUUGUUUCAACCCUCUCGUUCUGCAAGGUUUUUGAGUUGAAUUUAACAUAGAAGAGUUCAUAGAUGAAGCGUUGCUUCAUUUUGGUAUGCAAUUUCGAACGACACCUUAUUUCGGAAAGAUAAAUGAUCGGGGAGGUUUGGAAAUAAAUGAGUGCUGUUUUUACAAAUAUAUUAAGAAUAAGUGGACAGUUGAUAAAUUGUAAAUUGAUGAUAUUUUGGCGCGUCAAAAAGUAAGAGGUUUGUUUAUAUUUGUUAUGAUUAAAUCGAGUUAAAUAUAUCUGUUUUCACUUUAAAAGAAACAGUAGAUCUAAGCAAAUUUACACGAUAUUUAAAUGUU